AUGCUCUAUAGCUCCUAUGACUGUUUUCCUUUGAAGCGCGCAGUAAGAAGCUAAGCUAGUUACCAUGUCGGAGAAAAAACAAACUGUAGAUUUGGGCUUGUUGGAAGAGGAUGAUGAAUUUGAGGAAUUUCCAGCUGAAGAUUGGACAGGCCUAGAUGAAGAUGAGGAUGCUCAUGUCUGGGAAGAUAACUGGGAUGAUGAUAAUGUUGAAGAUGAUUUUUCUAAUCAGUUAAGAGCCGAGCUUGAAAAACAUGGGUACAAGAUGGAGACGUCAUAACACUGAUCAUCUUAAGACGAAGAUCGAGUUAUCAUAUUUGAAGCUGUCACUUCAUUAUGGAAGUUUUCAAAUGUGAUUAUGCUUCUUCUAUACAAAGUCAAGUAUCUUGGCAGAUGUCAACAGGAUGAGGAAAAUUUAAUGGACAGUCCCACUUGUUAUAUUUUGGGUUUUGCAGUGACUUUGUGCUUGUAUUUGUUGAUAGUUGGGAUAUUAAAAUGAGUUUUUUUUCUGAAA